UAAAUGAUAUAUUACUGUUUGUUCAAAUCGUCUUAUCAUUUUCAUUCAUUUUUAAUUGUUUGUAAUGAAAAUAAGUUUAAAAACCCAAUAAAUGUUCUUUGCCGCUACGGAGUUUUGUAUUCUUGUAUUAUUAUAUACAUAUAUGUAGAAAUAGAAAGAUAGAACGAAUACAAUAAAUUUUGACGUUGAAAAUCGGUAUGACAAUCUGAUUGAAAGUGCCGAGUGUCAUUACAAGUUAAUAACGUAAUAAUGGGUACCGUUUAUGCAAAGGAGUUUAGUAAGCCCAGAGAUUUUGGCACACCAUCUAGUGAUAACACAUCACAGAACAGAUCCAAUUAUCCAAGAGAUUAUGAACAUUCAGCAUAUUUCAAUAAAGAGCAAGAAGCUUUAUCAAGGAAACCAACAGCGCCAGAAACAAAAACCAUAAACUUACAAGAAGUAAAGGCAAGGGUAGAUAAGAUACACGUGGAUGGUUUAAUCCGUACAAAAGAUGAUAUUAUCAAAGCACAAGUCAGUGAGUUGUUUAAAGCACAAGAUUUCCAAGAUGUUCUCGCACGAGCACUUAAAGUGCGUGAAAGAUUGGAAUCCUUGGGAUGCUUUAAAAACAUAGGUGUAUACAUUGAUACAAGCAAUGGUCCUGACGCAACUCCCGAAGGUGUAGAAGUCACAUUCACUGUGCGUGAACUGAAACGUAUAAUGGGAGGCAUCAACACAAUGGUAGGAAACAAUGAAGGUGCUCUUAUAAUUGGAGCUAGAGCACCAAAUAUUUUUGGACGUGGUGAACGAUUACAAUUCGAAUAUUCAUACGGGAAUAAAAAAUCUACUAACGUCAAUAUCUCAGCAGUCAAACCAUUUGUAAAUGGUUCGCUUCACAAAGUAUUAACUACAAGUGUGUUCAGCACUGUAAGCGAUUUGCCAUGGUCCGGUUACAAGCAAUCUGAAAAUGGAUUUCUACUGGACAUGGCUAUAUCACCAGGCGCAACAGGCACGUUAAAACAUAACUUCCAAUACGAAGCAAACUAUCGAGAGGUCACAGCAGGGAAGCAAGUAUCAUUCCGCGUUCGCGAACAGUGUGGUCCAAGCCUAAAAUCUGCCUUAAGACACAUUUGUUCAAUUGACAAGCGAGAUGGAAUAAUAUUUCCAACCGUUGGUUCCCUUGUACGAAUCACGACCGAGGUAGCGGGCCUAGGUGGUAAUAUUGGAUUUGUCAAAAACGAGUUUCUCAUGCAAAACAACUGGACACCUCAUGAAUACUUUACUUUCCAGUUAGGUAUGCAAGCAGGAAUGUUAAGAGGUAUUAGCAAUGAUAUGCAAAUAAGCAUUGUUGACAAUUUCUUCCUCGGAGGACCUCUUAAUCUCAGAGGUUUUGAUAUGCGAGGCUGCGGUCCUCGACAUGACGGCAAUUCUAUUGGAGGAGAUGUUUACUGGGCACUGGCACUUCAUCUUUAUACUCCAUUGCCAUUCAGACCAGGGCGUAACAGCUUUGGUGACCUCUUUAGAUUGCAUGGAUUUAUUAAUGGUGGCAACUUAUCCAAUUUCACAUUCAAAUUCGACAACGAUUUCAAGGAAAAUUUAAAGAUCUUCUCAGAAAACGUGAGAUGUGCCGCUGGCGGCGGUAUUGCUAUGAAACUCGGUAAUGUUGCACGAGUGGAAUUAAAUUUGAUCAUGCCAUUAUAUUUUAUCAGGAGCGAUUUACUUCAACAAUUUCAAUUCGGCAUUGGUUUAGAAUAUUUGUAGAUAUGCAUCUAUUACAUCGUGCCUUCUUCUACCAUUGAAAAUAGUAACUAUAAUUAUGCAAUAAUUCACUUUCGAAUUAUUACAGGUAGCAUGUAACAGGAGAUACGAAUCAAAAUGUUACUUAAAUACUCCUGCCAAAUCUUUGUUCUGUUGCCGACAUAUGUCUGUAUAGUAUUUAAAUAAAAAAAAUCUUUAAUUAUU